CAAGCCCAGAGAGGGAGACGAGCUUCUGCUAUAUCUAGCAACUACGUCAGAGGCAGUUAGUGCAGUUUUGGUACGCGAGGGAGAGAGAGGGCACCAACCUAUUUACUAUGUCAGUCGCGCCCUCCGAGGAGCCGAAUAACGGUAUUCGGGGAUAGAACGACUCUCUUUAGCACUAGUCACCGCAGCCCGGAAGCUACGACCCUACUUUCAAUCCCACCAGGUAGUGGUCUUGACAAAUUUCCCCUUGAAACAAAUUUUUCGAAGCCCCGAGGCGUCAGGUAGGCUAGCCAAGUGGGCAAUCGAGCUAAGUGAGUAUAGGGUAAGUUUCCGAUCCCGACCAGCCAUAAAGGCACAAGUCCUUGCGGAUUUCCUAGUGGAGAUGGUGUCAAACGAGGCAACGUGCUCUUCCCCAACUUGGACCCUUCACGUUGAUGGAUCUUCCACCAUUGGCGGCAGUGGGGCCGGGAUAUUCAUUCAAAGUCCAGAAGGCGACACCAUGGAAUAUGCCCUAAAGUUGGAAUUCCCGGCAUCCAACAAUGAAGCUGAGUAUGAGUCCCUCGUAGCCGGUUUGAAGUUAUCUCAAGCAGCGGGAGCUAGGAGUUUGUUAAUCUAUAGCGACUCACAGCUAGUGGUAAACCAGGUCAUGGGGAUGUACGAAGCCAAAGAUGAGAAAAUGGUUAAGUACCUAGACCUUGUGCACAAGCUCAUAGCCGAUUUUGAGAGAGUGGAGGUCAAACAGGUGCCCCGAGCUGAAAACGCAGCUGCUGAUAAACUAGCUCGGUUGGCCAGCUCUAUGUCAAAAAUCGACAGCCGACGAGUCACGUUUCUGUCAUCGGGCCACCCUGAAAUCGAGUCAAGCAAGCAAAUCCUCUGCUCCAGCAACACACCAUGCUGGAAAGACGAGAUAACCAAAUAUCUUUCUACGUCAGAGUUGCCUCAAGAUGGAGCGGCUGCAAGAAAAGUAAAGAUGAGAGCCUCCCGUUUCCUACUUAUCGGAGGUGAGCUUUAUAAAAGAGGUUUUUCGGUCCCUUACCUAAAAUUCUUGGCCCCGGAGGAAGCGGAGUACGUCUUGCGCGAAAUUCAUGAAGGCAUCUGCGGUAAUUACUUGGGAGCAAGGGCUCUAGCCGUGAAGGCCUUACGACAAGGAUAUUUUUGGCCAACCAUGUAGCAGGAUGCUAAGUCAUUGGUCGAAAAGUGCCGACCAUGUCAGAUACACGCCAACAUCUCGCACCUGCCGGGCUCUUUGCUCCACCCGAUUGAUAGCCCAAUUCCCUUCGCCCAAUGGGGAACUAAUUUGGUAGGGCCAUUUCCACCGGCCACAGGGAAACGGAAAUUCCUCAUCGUGGCAGUCGACUACUUUACUAAAUGGGUAGAAGCCGAGCCUCUGGCCAAGAUAGCAGAACCCGAUGUCAUUCAAUUUCUCUGGAGAAAUAUCGUCUGCCGUUUCGGAAUACCCCGCGCCUUAAUUUCGGACAAUGGCACCCAAUUCUGCGGGGACAAGGUGGCACAAUGGUGUGAAGGGCUUUCGAUCAAGCAAUUCUUCACUUCGGUGGGGAACCCGCAGGCGAAUGGCCAAACCGAAGUAACAAACAGGACAAUCCUACAACACAUAAAAACGAGGUUAGGAGACGCCAAGGGCGCUUGGGUUGAGGAGUUGCCGAGCGUGUUGUGGGCCUAUCGUACAACCCCACGGAGUUCAACAGGAGAUUCUCCCUUCAACCUCGCAUACGGAAUGGAGGCAGUGGUUCCGGCCGAAAUAGGACAACCUUCGUGGCGAAUCGCGAACUACUCAAUCCAGCAUAAUGACUCAGCAGUCAGGGCCAGUCUAGAUUUCCUAGGGGAAGUGAGGGAUGCCGCGUCAACCCGGGCGGCGGCAUACAAGGCUAGAAUGGCGCAAGCAUAUAAUCAACGGGUGAAGCCAAGAACAUUUCAGGAGCAUACCGCCUCCAGCAUAUAGAUGGACGCCACUUGCCGAGGACUUGGAAUGUCGGUAAUUUGAAGAAAUAUUUUUCUUAGAAGGUUUCCUUUUCCCAACCGCCGGUCCUGCGAGGCCCACUACUUAUUUAUUUCCGCUUUUUACGAACAAGUCGGGGACAUGUCGUCCGCCGCAUUUUCUCCAUAUUAUUAAUGAAGUAGUUCCCGGGGGCAUACUGUCCACCGUACCUUUCUUAUACUUCCCUUUGUCGACACACUCAAUAAAAUUGGUAGAAACUUGACCAACGGUCAAGUGCUAAAACGCGGGGUAGAGGGGGAAAUAUCAUCGGCCAUAUCGGCUUGGCCAGCUCGGCCUUUGUUAUUUCCCUCCCAUAACCUCUGCAAUAGCAAAAGAAACAGUGGCUAAAAGUCCAAGGGACCCCUCCCCGCCAUAAAAUGUUCAUAUCA